GCCGGGCAGGGGCAGGGUUUAGGGCGGCGGGGCCGGGAGGUCAGGCCGGAGGUCUAGGGCGGCGGGGCCAGGAGAGUUGGCGGUCGCGCCGUCGGUGCCGCGCCGAUCCGCGCCCGGAGCCUGCAUGGGGCGGCGGCGCUGAGCCCAAGCCGCCCCGCUCCCGCCGCGCUCCCGCCAUGGCCGAAGCACCGCAGCUGGUGGACAUCGACCCCGACUUCGAGCCGCUGCCGCGGCCCCGCUCCUGCACCUGGCCUCUGCCGCGGCCGGAGUUCAACCCCCCCAGCUCGGCCACUUCCAGCCCGGCGCCGUCGUGCGGCGGGCAGCCCGAUGGGGCGGCCGGAGCCGCGGCCGGGGCCGGGGCCGCCGCCUCGGGAGCGCUGAGCGCCGACUUCAUCAGCAACCUCAGCCUGCUUGAGGAGAGCGAGGACUUCGCGCCGCUGCCCCCCGCCGCCGCCCCCCCGGAGGCUGCCGCCUGCCGCUGCGGGGACUUCCCGGCGCCCGAGGCCGGCUGCCGCCUCCACCCGCCGGGACCGCCGCCGGUGCCGCCGGUGCCCCCGCCCGUGGCCGGUCUGUCACCGGGCCCCGUGCCCGGGCAGCCCCGCAAGAGCAGCUCGUCGCGGCGCAACGCGUGGGGCAACCUGUCCUACGCAGACCUCAUCACCAAGGCCAUCGAGAGCUCCCCCGAGAAGCGGCUCACCCUCUCCCAGAUCUACGAGUGGAUGGUCAAGAGCGUCCCCUACUUCAAGGAUAAGGGCGACAGCAACAGCUCGGCCGGCUGGAAGAAUUCAAUCCGUCACAACCUGUCUCUGCACAGCAAGUUCAUCAGAGUGCAGAAUGAAGGAACAGGGAAGAGUUCCUGGUGGAUGCUCAAUCCUGAAGGAGGGAAGAGUGGCAAAUCUCCUAGGAGGCGAGCAGCAUCCAUGGAUAACAACAGCAAGUUUGCCAAAAGCAGAGGCAGAGCUGCCAAGAAAAAAGCAUCCCUUCAGUCUGGUCAAGAGGGAAAUGGUGACAGCCCCGGAUCACAGUUCUCAAAGUGGCCUGCAAGUCCCAGCUCUCACAGUAACGACGACUUUGAUAACUGGAGUACAUUUCGACCUAGAACGAGCUCUAAUGCGAGCACAAUUAGUGGAAGACUUUCUCCUAUUUUGCCAGAGCAAGAUGACCUUGGAGAUGGGGAUGUGCACUCCAUGGUAUACCCAUCAUCAACCACCAAAAUGACUUCUACUCUACCAAGCCUUUCAGAAAUGAGUAAUUCUGAGAACAUGGAAAAUCUUUUGGAUAAUCUCAAUCUCUUAUCACCUAAUACAUCAAUGACUGUGUCAACCCAGUCUUCAUCUGCCACCCUGAUGCAGCAAACACCAGGUUACUCAUUCGCAUCCUCGACCACAAGUAUAGGCUCACCAAAUCCUGACUACAGGAAAUUCACUUACGCUCAAGCUAGCAUGAGCUCCUUGUCCCAGAUUCCUAUGCAGACUCUCCAAGACAGUAAGCCAAGCUACGGAUCAAUGAGCCAAUACAACUGUCCUGCGGGACUUCUGAAGGAGUUGCUGACCUCCGACUCUCCGCCGCACAACGAUAUCCUGGCAUCGGUGGACACUGGUGUUUCCCAGGCUGGCGGCAGGGCGCUGGGCCAGAGCGUGCUGAUGGUCGCCAACUCGGUGGUGCCCAACUAUGGCAGCCAGCCGCCCCACAACAAAAUGAUGAACCCCAACGCCCGCCCUCACCAGGGACAUAACCAGCCAGCAGUCAAUGGCCGUGCCUUGUCACACACAGUGAACACCAUGUCGCACACGUCGGGGCUAAACCGCCUGUCGACAGUGAAGACUUCGCUACAAGUGCCUAUGAGUCACCCGAUGCAGAUGAAUGCCAUGAAUCCGUAUGCCCCUGUUAACAGUUGCAAUGGCUACGGGAGGGUGGGAAUUGUUUCCCUCCACCAGGAGAAGCUUCCCAGUGACUUAGAUGACAUGUUAAUUGAACGGUUGGACUGUGACAUGGAGUCGAUUAUCCGUAAUGACCUUAUGGAUGGAGAAACGUUAGAUUUUAACUUUGACAGUGUAUUGCCUAACCAAAGUUUUCAGCACAGCGUAAAGACAACCACACACAGUUGGGUGUCAGGCUAGGAUGUAGUAGGAGGCUAUGAUUAAAUUCUCCAGACUUGUCUGACAGCAGGAACUGAGAAAAGCAGUACAAAGAUGUCCUUCACCUUUCUUUUUAAUUUUCUUGAUAAAGCUGUGCACAUGCACUAACUUUUUUUGGUUUUUUGGUCUUUUUUUCCUUUUGCCUUCCUUUCGUCAGAGUUGGCAGCAGAGAGAGUAUUUUCUUGUACAGGAUGUUUGCCCAAGGUUUGCAGGUUAUGUGCUGCUGUAGAUAAGAACUGUGCCAUUGGAAAUUUCGUUACUCUGAAGUGCCAAAUUCACUACACCAUAUAAUCACAGCAAAGACUCUUACUUGCAUCAUGUUGUGCUUUCGGUUUUGUACAGUAUGAUCUGUAGAAGAAGAAUUGUUUUUUAAGACUAUCUGUUUAGGUCUAAGAAAAGUUUAUAAACUUUUGUAAGAAUACUGUGAUGAUCUCAUGCCCUAAGUAAGUUUAACCUUCGUUGAUAUUACCUGUGUUUUGAUGAAUUGAGAUAACUGUGGACUUGCCUUGCAGCAGUACGAACUGCUUUAUUUUACUCAAAAUUGCCACACAUUUCAUAUGGGAAUAGAAUAGCCUGUUGAAUAUGAUCCUACUAAACUCACUGACUAUUCAAAGCAACCAGUAGGUUAAAUGCCAUUUGAUAAUUUACCUGUAUUUGUGUAAAUUUAUGCAAGAAUAUAUCUGGAUUUCGUUGUCAGAUUAAUCACUUUAUUGUUGGGCUUAAGAUAAUUUUUGGAAUACUUUGCAAGUUAUUUUUCUUAUAAUUAAAAUCUACUUUUGUUACAUAGGCAACUUUAAAAAAAAUAAAUCUGAGAUCUGGCAGCAUUCAUAACCUCUUCAUUUUGUACAGUAUUUUAACUGGAUUAAGUACAUGUUUUUAUAAAUUUCCCUAGCACUUGGGAGUGCUAAUAACAGAAAAGCUUAUUAAGGAUCUUGAAUACAAAACAUUUCUGUCCCUUUUUUUGUUGUGUGAUGUAUAAAUAUAGACAACUUUAUGUUUAGAAAUAUUUAAUCAGUUUUAUAUAUGCAUUUUUAGAAAUGUCAUCUGCUUCUAUUACCAUUUUAACUACCACGAAGUGUUAAGUAUUCAUUGUUAAGAUGCUUGUACAAUGCUUCACAUUUAUAUUUAUUUCAUGGAGGUCUCAUAAUGUUUGUGCACUCAAGAGCAGGGCCUUUUGUGGAAAAUGUGUAAUGGUAGUAAAAUUAAGGACAAAAUUGUCAUUUGUCUUAAUUAGUACUAUUGUAGGGUUCCUCAGUGUUUCUCUUUUAAAGCAGUAGAUUUGAAGAGGCAAAAAUGCUACUUUUGAGUGGGAGGCUAAAACUUUGACCUUAUUGCAGGACAAAACAUUACAUUUUUUCAAAAAGAAAGAUAAAGUAAGUGGCAAAGUUAUACAAAUGCAUGAGGUUUAGGAUAGGGGAGAGCAUUAAUAACAGAGAUCUUAUUUCUGUGGAAAAACCUGGUCUUGCUGGAAUAAGCACACUGACAGCUAUUUGAGCUUUUUCAGGAUUAGGUCUUAGAAGAAUUGAUUUCUGAUUUUUUGUAAUUGCAUGAUGCAGUUUUCAUGGAUGUGUGAAUAAGAGGCCUCCCCUGUCUUUUCACUGGUUGCUACACAACAUUUGUGUUACAGAAAUCCUUGGAGCUUUUUUUUAAUGCACUGACAGAAUUAACACUUUGGGGGUUUUUUUGCUAGGGCUGCCUGUUAUGAAUAAGGGGAGUAACAAAUAUUUUUACACUGAUUUUUCUUUUGUGUAAACAGCUCACAACCAGAAAAUGUCCAAAUUGAAACUCAUCUUUCCUGUAGUGAUGGUGUAUGGUGGAGAAGGAGACAGGACGUGCCAAGUAAAUGAAGUUUAGUAACAAGCCAUAUAUUUAAUGAUCCUGUUACGACUUUCCUAAGGCUCUGCAAUGUAUUUAUUGAUGUGCUAGCAUUUAGCUCCCUGUUGGGCUUAAAUCACUACUAAUUACAGCCGGUCCUACUUUUUUAGAUACGCUAUUACGGUUGUCAGGCAGUUCCAGAGCCUGAUGUGAUACAGGAUCUUCCCCAGUGUGAAGCUGGUCUUUGAACUUGUUUUGAGCAAAAUCAAAUGUUCUUAGUGCCAAAGCCUGAAUGAAGCCACCUGCUUUUACAGGCAGAUAUCUCCAGUAGCAUCUUCCCCAUCAAAUGCCUAGUCUCUGAAACAUGGUAGUAAAUCCUGAGAGUGGAGCAAGUGGAGGGCUCAUACAGGAGUUUCUGAAGAUCAUGCUGUCUGAUGCAUGUGCAAAAAUGUUUGCUCCCAAAUAGGCACUGAUACACAUAGGCCAGAGUUGUCAUAAAAUCCACCUCUGCAUGUAAAGAAAGCAGUAAUCAAUGCUAUGCUCCAUGGGGAUGCAGCUGAACUUGCUACAUUUAACAAUAUACCUCCUGUUUAUUAUUUACUGCUACUGUAUAACUUCUUGCAAACAGCUAUUUUAUUCCUUUCCUUUUAUACCUAUGAAUAACAUAAAUAUAGCCUUACCCUUAAAUACAACAGUCUAUAGAAAGCCCUUUUAAUUAUUGUGAGGAAACGGUUGUACGUAAUCAGAGAUUUGGGCUGCAUGGUCUGUUUGGCUUUUUUUGGGGUUUGGGUUUUAUUUUAAUUUUGAGGGGGGGUUUUGUUCAUUUGUUUGGGGUUUUUUGGUUCUGUUUUUGGGUGGUUUUUUUGUGGUGCCAUUCUAAUGUUUUGCAAUUGUAAUUCUGGAAUACUGUGAAGUUGGUGAAGGAGCAUGUUGUCUGCCUUGAAAACAAACAUUAUGUGACCUCUAGUUAUAAAUCCUUUUUCAGUAAAAGUACCAAGUUUCUGGAGUAACUUAGUUUGUCAGAAUUGUUGUAAAUGAUUGGUUUGUGAAUUGUGCAGAUGAUCUUACCUAUGCAGCCUUGUUUUUGACUUUUCUCUGGUUUGUACUGUUAUUAAAAGUUUAUUGUAUUAUAGAGCUGUUGAAAUAUUUUAAAUAUAAAGAUGUAUUGUUUCCAUAAUAUAGCUAUAUGAUAUAUGUUUAGGUAGUAGAUGCAUUAAUUGGAAAGCUCUGCUUUGAUAAACUGACAGUUUGCCUACACUUAUAAGCAAAAAUCAUAUUGCUUAUUAUUGGCUUAGGUCAACAGAGCAUCCCUGAGAAGUUAAAAUUGGACCAAUUAUAAAACAGUAUAAAAUUUGCACUUGUUAAACCACUGGAUGUAUGUUAGUACUUUUUUAUUUUUUUACUGAUUUGAAAUUCCUAUUUUCAUUAUGAAAUUGCUAGGAUUCUUAAUUUAUGACUGAUUUUAAAUAAGGUAUUCUCAUUAUUAUUAUUAUUAUUAUUUUGGUAAUCAUAAUAUAAGAUGCAGCAUGGUUUAUGCAAGCAAAAAGCAAAUUAUUCAACAUGAAAACUGGCCUCUUUUUUGAAGGUGUUCCACAAACCAGCAAUAUCUGAGAGAUUGGCAUGUACAUACUGCUAGUUCUAUUUGCGAGUGGUGUGACAGCUCUUCAACGCUUCACUGCUCUGACUUAGUCACAUUGCAAAAUUAAAAUUCAUACGUGGAUAUUUUCAGAAAAAGUGCCUGAUGUACUUCUACAGACACAUGAGAACAAUCCCUGACAGUUUGUUGUAUAAAGCCAUAAAUGUAUAUAAAUUAUGUUAAAAAGAUUUUGUGUCCUUUCUUGUAUACAGAGAAUGAGAUUUGUACCAGGAUUCUACUUGUGAUUAGUAGUCCUUCUACUGAGAUGUUGUCAUAAUCACUUUCCUCACCGUGUAAUCUUUUUAAUGAUGAUGAUCCCAUUUGGACAAUCCUGAUGGCAUUAGCAAUUUUAUACAGAAAAAUACCUCAUGGUACCAAGUUUGCCUGGUGAGAUGAUAACAUAUUGAUGAGCAAACACUAACUGCAGAAUAGUUAACAAAUUUUCCAUUACUUGGUAUAAAGGAAUUUUUCUCUCUUCGCAUUGCUUCUGCAUUUGGAACUGUAGCAGGUACAGGAACCUAAUAGGGCUGAGUUACCAGUGUUUAAUCACAACCUAGUGUGCUAAAAGUAAUUUGUUUACAAGUCUUUGAGACUAAACGCAAGAAGAAUCCAUGCCUGACUCCCAGAGCUCAGGAGACAGCUUUGUGUAGAGGUGUGUUGUUACUGGAAGGUGCACGGAGCGGUGCCAGUGCUUCAACAAGCAUAGUUCAGAGAAAAUGGCAAAAAGUCCUGAAAUCGUUUCAGAAUGGGUAUUUGUAAGUAUAAGCUCUUAAUAAAAUUGCUAUGACAUGAGAUGGUAAUUAGUGUAUCAGAACGUUAUGUAACACAUUAUUAAAGAGUAAUAAAAAAAGGGGAUGUUAACAUCCAUCAAACCACAGGAAA